UUUUCCAUCCUGCAUUGUUACCCUCCUCUACGCUCCUGGUGCAACGCGGAAUCCCCUUCCGAUAGCUAGGUCUCGAACCCUGGAGAUGGGAUUUGACCCCAGACUCCCCCUCAGAGGCGUCCAACCGGCCAUGUGGUUCACAUGGGAUGUUUCCUGUAGGCAUGCCAGUUCGGGCCCAAUGAAUGCCGAUUUCGUCCAUCCGCAAGCAGAUCACCAAGGUCUGCAUCUCCCCCAAGAUCCACGCUGCAACGCAGACGGGCAGCGGCUUUGGUCAAUCAUGAUUGGCCCUGGCGGCAAUACAAAAAUGCAGCUGCACCAGACCAGCCACCACACCACCGCCGGAAUGAGGAUAUUCGGCCUGCUUUGACCCGUGAUGAUUGGCUGGAGACGGCUGCCGGCCGGCUACCCCACACUUCUCCCCUGAGCCAAUUUUCCCUCAAAUGAUACGACACCGGCCGUCUACCCCGGCUAAUCGUGGGUUGUCUGGGGUUUAAACUGUCUAGGGCCGCUCAGUUCCGUCGUGGUGUGGUUGGAAGAGGCGGCAAAUCGCUAGCUGCACAGCUACACGAGACAAAUAUGGCACUCGAUCGACAGCCCAUCAGACUUUUCUGCCUGUCUUCCCAUAAAGUUCCAGUGGUCCAACCGAUGGUGGCGGCGGCAUCUCCUCCCCAAGGUCAAACAGGUAGCCAAAGACCCAGGCUAAACCAGACCGUCCCCGACUUGGACUGAUCCGGACACCGGCAUACCGGCUCGUCGUUCCAACACAUCAUGUCCCGCCAGCAUGGCUCAGAGACGUCCGGCCCCGACCAGGGCGACCAAUCUUCCCAUCUGCACUACCAGUCCCCCGCGUCCGGGUGGGCUGAGGCCCUGCCAAUCGGCAACGGGCGGCUGGGGGCCAUGGUCUAUGGUCGAACAGGGACCGAACUCGUCCAGCUGAACGAGGACUCGGUCUGGUACGGCGGCCCGCAGGACAGGACUCCAAAGGAUGCCCUCCGCCACUUGCCGAAACUCCGUCAGCUCAUCCGAGAUGAAAGGCACGCCGAGGCCGAGUCUCUGGUCCGUGAGGCCUUCUUCUCGACGCCCGCGAGCAUGCGGCACUAUGAGCCGCUGGGCACUUGCACCAUCGAGCUCGGCCAUGCCGUCGAAGACGUGACGGGCUAUCGCCGGCACCUGUGCCUCAACACAGCACAGACGACAGUAGAGUACCAAAGCCGAGGGGUCUCUUACCGUCGUGAUGCCAUAGCCAGCUUCCCAAACAACGUCCUGGCCUUUAGGGUGACGGCCUCCGAACCAACGCGGUUCGUGGUGCGACUCAACCGCGUCAGCGAAAUUGAGUGGGAGACGAACGAAUUCCUCGACAGCAUCGAAGCAAACGACGGACGGAUCGUGUUGAACGCGACGCCUGGUGGUCGAAACAGUAACCGGCUCUCCAUCGUCCUUGGAGUUGCUUGUCACGAUGCUCAAGGCUCCGUGGAUGCUAUCGGCAACUCCUUGGUGGUGAAGUCGUCGUCAUGCACGAUCGCCAUUGGUGCCCAGACGACGUAUCGAACACUCCAUCCUGAGACGGUUGCCACCGAAGACGUAAGAAAGGCAUUGGACCUCCCGUGGGACGACUUGAUCAGACAACAUCGGAGCGACUAUCAGAGCCUCUUCGGACGAACCGCCCUUCGCAUGUGGCCAGACGCCAGCCACAAUCCGACAGAUAUACGGAUCGAGAAAGGGCGUGAUGCUGGUCUCGUGGCUCUUUACCAUAAUUAUGGUAGAUAUCUACUUAUAUCGUCGAGCCGGCACGCUGAGAAGGCGCUGCCUGCGACGCUGCAGGGCAUCUGGAAUCCCUCUUUCGCUCCACCUUGGGGAUCCAAGUAUACCAUCAACAUCAACCUCCAGAUGAACUACUGGCCAGCUGGGCCUUGCAACCUCGUCGAAUGCGCCAUACCCGUCCUCGAUCUGCUGGAGCGCAUGGCCGAGAGGGGACGGAGGACGGCGAAGACCAUGUACGGGUGCAGAGGGUGGUGUGCGCACCACAACACAGACAUUUGGGCAGAUACGGACCCCCAAGAUCGAUGGAUGCCUUCGACCAUCUGGCCUCUCGGAGGAGUCUGGCUGUGUAUUGACGUAUUUGAGAUGCUGCAGUAUCACCACGACGACGGCCUUCAUCGUCGAGCGGCGGCCGUCUUGGAGGGCUGCAUCGUCUUCCUCCUCGACUUCCUGAUCCCCUCGUCGUGCGGCAAGUACCUGGUCACGAAUCCUUCGCUGUCUCCCGAGAACACGUUCAUAUCGAACUCGGGCAAGGCCGGUAUUCUUUGCGAGGGAUCCAGUAUCGACACGACCAUCAUCCGUAUCGCGUUCGAGAAGUUCCUCUGGAGCAAUAGCAUGCUAGGGACAAACGAUUCAUUGUGCAGCAAGGUGAAGGAAGCACUUGGCAAGCUGCCCGAACUGAUGACCAACGCCCAUGGAUUAAUCCAGGAAUGGGGCCUAAAGAAUUAUGAGGAGCUGGAACCGGGCCACCGACAUGUGUCUCACCUGUUCGGUCUCUACCCGGGGGAAAGUAUCAGCCCGCGCAGGACGCCAGAGCUGGCUGCCGCCGCCAAACGCGUCCUUGAGCGACGAGCGGCGCAUGGCGGAGGCCAUACGGGAUGGAGUCGAGCGUGGCUACUGAACCUUCACGCCCGGUUGUUGGACGCCGAUGGCUGCGGUCAACACAUGGACAUGUUGCUGAGCAGCUCGACGCUGGCGAACAUGCUCGAUAACCAUCCGCCAUUCCAAAUCGACGGCAACUUUGGCGGAUGCGCCGGUAUCCUCGAGUGUUUGGUACAGUCCAGCGUGUUGCCCAGUGCUUCGAAGCCCGCAGUGGUCGAGAUACGACUGUUGCCAUCGUGCCCCCUGAGCUGGGCUGAGGGCGAGCUCACACGUGGCUGCACCAAGGGCGGUUGGCUGGUGUCGUUUAUGUGGCGAGCUGGCAGCAUUGUCGAGCCAGUUAUGGUAGAGAGCCCUGCCACGAAGGAUGCUGAGGCUCAAAUUGUUUUCCCUAAUGGUUCUCGGACUAUUGUGUGUGGCGUUGCGCCCAAGUCAAAGCAUCAUAUCGUAAGCCAAGGAUAGCAGCGAGAUUAAUUGGUUUUUGGGGUCAUCUCGCAGCCGUGCUCGCGGCGAAACUUAUGGACCCAGUGGACGCCAACAUUGGUAGGAAGAAUGAUGGCGCCGGCUCAUGUCAUCGGUAUCAUUUCAUGACGUAUUCCAGUUUGGCCCUGGUGACGAGGUGUUCCCCAAGAGAGUUGGCAAAACCUGUAAGCUGAAUGGAGGGCCUGGAGUAUUCGAGGAUCUUGGAUACGAGAGCUCAUGUCACUGAGUUUGCGUAAGCUCCAAGUUCCAAGUUCCAAGCUCCAAGCUCCGAGUCUAGUGUAGAGAGCAAUCCCACGCUGUCUGCCGCCGCGAAAGAUGAAAACGACCCAUGGACCCCUAAAUCCCCAC